AUGCUGUCGUUAUCGAUAACUGAUACGGCGAGAACAAAAUCUCGUCAUAAACAUCAUCAUCAACGGGUUAAUAAUGACAUCCCAAAACCAUUAUCUUCGUCUGUAACCGAUAUAACAGCCGAGCAAAAUAAUACCUCUUUGUCGACAACAAUAACAAUGAGAAAUGAUGGUCGAGGAUCGCCGAUGAAUCUUAAUGCUCGUCAAGAAAAUCAAUCAUUACCGGGUCGAUCAUCACCUAUCAAUGGUCCUGGUUUAGCCAAGCCUGUUUCGUUGACAUCCACCAAUUCUUCUGGUACGAAACGCGUCGAUGCCGCACUAGAGAAAAAUCUCGAAACCAUUGCAACUCAACUGCGGCGAACAACGACUAAACCGUCACAGUUAACACAAAACGAUCUACGUUUAUUUGACAUUACAUCAUCAACUGCUGCAAAGAACGGUUAUAUUUCACGUGAAAUGACGCCUGAUUCUAUCAGCACCGAUUCGGCAAAUGAAGAAUCUAUGCACAAUGGAUAUCAUCCUCCACAGCAAUUAGCACAACAUCGCCCGAUCAUUCCUCCAGCUCCAUUUGAUCCAUACGGACAGCCAGUAUGGCCUCAUGGUGUCUAUCCAUUUCCACAUCAGCAUCCAGGCUUGUAUCUACCGUAUCCGCCGCCUGCAAACAGCAUCCCAUCAGUGUUUCCAUCUUACGAUCCACUAUUUCUUGAACACCAUUACAAUUCACAAGGACUAUCAGCGUACUAUACACAACAACAACAGACCAUCGCAGCCCGUCUUCGUCAAGAACACACGUCACUGUCAGAUAAUCUCUCAUCAAUAUUGACAACUCCGACAAGAGAACAGAGUGAAACUCCCUCGCCGAUAACUACUGAUUCAAUUAGAACAUUAGAUUUAAUUGGAAGUGAAAGUCUGAAAAAGAAUUCCUCUGCUAACAAAUUGCUACCAGCAGCAUCGUCAACACUUCAUCAUAAUCUUCAAGUAAUCGAUGGCAGUUUAUCACGACUAUCUCCAGAUUUAUUAUCCGACGGCGAUGGUGGAGGAACCAAUGACGCUGAUAGUGUUGUUUCUCUUGAUAGUGUCAAAUCCAAUACAGCCGUCAGUAUGCCUGUGCUAGAGGACGGUUUAUCCGAUUCGGAAAAUGUCAGUGGAGACGAACGUUCUCCGCCUAAUCGAACUAAGUCCACAAAUCGUCAUCAGUCGACUCAAAGUGAUUUUCUAUUUCAAUCACCUCCGUCAACGUUGAUACCUUCACAUAAGCAUCAAUUCGCGAAAUCAACUCAACAGGAACCUGAAUUUCAAAACAAAACAUUUCCUACUCAAUCACACGCUUCGACAUCAACAGCCAUUCAAACCAGCCAACAGCAGAGAACUGUCUCAGAUGAAUCAUCAGCAGUACCGGCAGAUACAAAACUACGAAAGAAGGAUUAUGAUACAGACGAAGAAACCGAUAAAUUACUUAGCCAAGAACAUCGAAUCAACGCCAAAAAUCAAGCUAUUCGUGAUGCCGCUGUAUCAAGACCAUCGAGGCCACGAGAAGUUAUUACUCGAAUUAUUGCUGAUCCAGAAAACUCAUCAGUAUUAAUCGAAGGCGUCCUAUUUCGUUGUCGAUAUCUUGGCUCGACUCAACUACCAGUUGAAGGUAAUCCAACCAAAGUCUCUCGAAUGAUGCAAGCUCAAGAAGCAGUCGAACGAAUCAAAGCACCAUUCGGAGAGAGUCAACCAUCGGUUGAAGUUGAUCUCUUCAUAUCAACCGAGAAAAUCAUGGUUUUGAAUACUGACUUAGAAGAUAUCCUUAUGGAUCAUUCCUUGAGAUCGAUAUCAUAUAUUGCGGAUAUUGGUGAUUUAGUAGUAUUAAUGGCGAAACGAAGGUACAUACAAAGUGAUAACGAUGACGGAGAUUAUGAAUCGAAUGGAUCCGCAACGCGACGUGUCGUUUCGAUAAAUCAAAAACUAAUUUGCCAUGUUUUUGAAUCUGAUGAAGCUCAAUCUAUUGCUCAUUCGAUUGGACAAGCAUUUCAAGUGGCUUACGUAGAGUUUCUGAAAGCAAAUGGUAUCGAUGAUCCGAGUUUCACACGUGACAUCGACUAUCAAGAAGUUCUUGAUCAACAAGAGAUUGCCGUUGAAGAACUGGACCGAUUUUCGAAGAAAGAAUGUCAAAAAGAGGCUAUCGUUACGAAAGGAAAAAAUGAACCAUUAGGCAUCGUUAUUGUCGAAAGUGGCUGGGGAUCAAUGUUGCCGACUGUGGUUAUUGCGAACUUAAUGCCAGGCGGACCUGCAGCAAGAGGUGGACAGUUGAAUAUUGGUGAUCAAAUAAUCUCAGUAAAUGGUAUCAGUAUGGUCGGAUUACCUUUAUCAACCUGUCAAACUCAAAUAAAAAACAUGAAGCAUUUAACUACCGUCCGUUUUGUUGUUGUUCCAUGUCCACCCGUUGUUGAAGUACUGAUCCGACGACCUGAUACAAAAUAUCAACUUGGUUUUAGUGUGCAAAAUGGAAUUAUCUGCAGUCUUCUUCGUGGAGGCAUCGCUGAACGUGGUGGUGUUCGUGUUGGCCAUCGUAUUAUUGAGAUCAAUGGGCAAAGUGUUGUGGUUACACCUCACGAACGCAUCGUGAACAUGCUAUCACACUCAAUCGGUGAACUUCGAAUGAAAACCAUGCCGACUCAAAUGUACCGUCUACUAACAGGCCAGGAAACUCCAAUAUACAUAUAA